AUCCAUCGAAAAGCAAUGGGUGGCUCUGAACCGUUCGUUAAAAUCGAUAUAACAGAACCGGUUUAUCCAUCCACAGCCAUACCCAUACAGGAAGGCUCAAACUCACAGCAGCUUUGGUGUUUCCUCCUCCCUGCAACCAUGGCGUUGGCGCCACACGUUUCGUCUUGUUCCCUUAUGUCUCUCUCUAAAGCUCCUCUGAUACAGAAGAAGAAGCCUAGAAACAACUUGUUGCCCUUCAUCCGGUCUCGUAAUUUGGUGAAAGUUCGAGCUUCGGCCCCUGAUUUGCUCGGCGAUUUUGGAGCUCGGGACCCUUUCCCAGCCGAAUUGGAGAGCAAUUUUGCUGAGAAAGUACAGGGAAACGUCGACACCGAGCACAAGAUUUUGAUUCCGACUUCUUCGGCCUUGUCGUUGGCGCAACGAGACUGCGUUCCCGUUUCUGAGAUUCAGCAGCCAUUGUCGGAGGAUGAAGCUAAAAAGCUAUUGCUCAAGGUUGUUGGUUGGAGACUUGUGGAUGAAGAAGGGUGUUUGAAGCUGAAGGGUUUGUGGAAAGUGAGAGAUGUCAAAUGUGGGGAAGAGCUAAUCAAUCGGAUAAACAAGUGUGUUGAAUCAACUGGUCAUCUUCCCACAGUUCGUUUGGAAGAUGAAUCCAAUCAAGUUACAGCUGAAUUGUGGACUUCUGCCAUUGGCGGGUUGAGUAUCAAUGACUUCAUCGUUGCUGCAAAGAUUGAUACCAUAAAAGUAUCAGAUCUUCAACCUAGAUUGAGAGUUUGGGCUUAGAUGAAGAAAAAAUCAUUCCUAAGGUAAUUUAAGUUUUUUCGUUUGAUUGAAAGAGAACAAGUGUGCAGUAAUAGUUCAUUGUUAUUAUUAUUAUUUUUACAUCA